AGCUUAGAGAGAGAGACCCCCAACCCUUUCUCUCUCUAUAUAUAUCCACAAAUACAUAAUCCUCCAAUACCCACUUCCUUUAUCAUUCACAAAUCCUCUCUCUCUCUCUCUCUCUCUCUUCACAAUGGGUGGUGCACAACAGCCACACUUGAAUGGAGCCUAUUACGGCCCAUCGAUCCCCCCACCACCACCGAAAACCUACCACCGCCCCGGCCGCGGUGACGGAUGCAACCCACUCACCUGCUGCUGUGGCUGCCUCUGUAGCUGUAUCUUCAAUUGCAUCUUCCAAAUCAUUCUCACCUUCGUCAUCGUCGUCGGCGUCAUAAUACUCGUCCUUUGGCUCACCCUCCGACCCAACAAGGUCAAGUUCCAAGUCACCGACGCUGCUCUCACCGAGUUCAACUUCACCAACACCAACACCAACACCAACAAUCUCAACUUCAAUCUCGCCCUCAACAUGACUGUCAGAAACCCUAAUAAGCGCAUCGGCAUAUACUACGACAGUAUCGAAGCUAGGGUUUUCUAUGAAGGUCAGAGAUUUGAUAGCAUCCAACUGACCCGAUUCUAUCAGGGUCACAAGAAUACCACUACUUUGAAUGCCGUGUUUAAAGGGCAGAAUUUGGUUUUGCUUGGAAACAAAGAGGCUUCGAAAUUUAAUGAAGAGAAAUCAUCUGGGACUUUUAGUAUUGAUAUGAAGCUUUAUCUUCGAAUUAGGUUUAAGGUUAGUGUGUUUAAAAGUCCCAAGUUCAAGCCCAAGAUUGAGUGUGAUUUGAAGGUUCCUCUGGACUCUAAUGGCGGAUCUUCUGGUAGCUUUGAGGCUACCAAGUGUAAACUCGAUUGGUAGUUUCGAAACUACAGACUCGGAUGUUGAUUUUCUGAUCGGCAGAUCUUCUUGUUCUUUGAUUGGUCUUUUUUUUAUUUUUAUUUUUGUUUUAUUUAUAUUAGCAGAUAUACAUAAUACAUGAUUAUGGGUAUUUCUCUUAUUUUUUGGGUUUGGGUUUGAAUUUGGGAUACCCAUAGUUGUGUUUUAGCUUUUAUUAUAUUCACGGAUUAUUUCAUUGGAUUAUACGCAUUUAUGUUUUGAUGUGAAUAAAUAAUGAAUUUAUUAUAUUCUUUUUCUUUGUGUGGAAUAUGACGAUGAUGUUUAGAAUUUUUUAUCUUGACGUCUCUUUCUGUGGUGGAUUUACAUGACUUUAUACUUUUAAAGGCAUGUUUGGAUUAGAUUUAUGGAAUUUUUUCAAACUCAACUCCAAGGAUUUGUAUAUGAG